AUGUUCCCCGUUAAAGGCCUGAGUAUCUCGGCCGAGAAAUUGAAGGUUGAGGCCGGCGUUCCGACCUCAAUUGCUGCUUCUCCCGCUCCCAAGCCCGCCAGGAAACGCAAGAGGCCCAACCAGGAGAGUGUAACGGCAGAAAACUUCGCCGCCUUGUGGGAGAGGGUCAUUGAGCACAAGGGUUCAUCCAAGCCUGAAGCUAAAACGCAAGCAAAGAAAGACAACAAACGCCAAAAGAAGGAUCACGAGCCAUCGGGGGCCGACAGUGCGCAGACUAUCAAGUCCAGCGGCCAGCCCGAGAAGAAGCAGAAUAAAAAGGAAAAGAAGAAAUCCGAUUCUACCAUUGGAACGGUUGGAGCAAUCGAAGAUGCGGACAAUGACGAAUGGAGUGGUUUCGACGACGAGGAUGCUCCCGAGGUAGCCCCAAAAACGAAGCAGAAGCCGAGUAAGAAGCAGAAAGACCAAAAGCGGGGCGUUGAUGGGACGAAAAAUGCGAAAUCCGAGGAAAAACGACCGACUACAGUUUCUCAGCCGUCGCCGCAGACUUCAAAUGCCCCGAAACUCACCCCUCUACAAGCGUCUAUGCGCGAAAAGCUGAUCUCGGCCCGCUUCCGCCAUCUCAACGAGACACUCUACACUCGCCCAUCCGCCGAGGCCUUCCAGCUCUUCCAAGAAUCGCCUGAAAUGUUUACUGAGUACCAUGAAGGCUUCCGCCGACAGGUGGAUGUUUGGCCCGAGAACCCCGUUGAUGGGUACAUCGCCGACCUCAAGGCCCGGGCCAAGGUCCGGUUCCAACCACGCGGUAACAACGGGCCUAUCAUGGUCUCUCAACUACCCCUUCCCAAACCGCCGCACAACAAAGUCUGCACCGUCGCCGACUUGGGUUGUGGCGAUGCCAAACUUGCCGCAACCCUCCAGCCCCUCUCCAGGAAACUCCACCUCGAUAUUCACAGUUUCGACCUCCAAACCGGCGGCUCCCCGCACGUCACACAAGCCGACAUAGCCAACCUACCGCUGGCCGACAACUCAGUUGACGUAGUCAUCUUCUGUCUGGCUUUAAUGGGCACCAACUGGCUAAGCUUUGUCGAGGAAGCGUAUCGUGUCCUGCGCUGGCGUGGCGAGCUGUGGGUAGCGGAGAUCAAGAGCCGUUUCGCGCAGCCAUCCAAGUCCGCGGCCAAAGUUGUAACCCACAGCGUCGGUAACCGCAAGAAACACCCUUCCGCCGCUGCGGUCAAGCAAGCCAAAGCGAUUGCCGCAGAAGCAGAGGAAGCCGCCAACCUCGCCGAACUCGCUGCCCAAGUCGACGAGGCCGACGCCUACCCCCAGUCAAACGCUGGCCAACAACAAUCCCAAGAAACAGAUAUCACAUCUUUCCUCGAAGCCCUCGGAAAGCGCGGGUUUCUCCUCAACCGCGAUCUUGGCGAUGGUGCCGUGGACAUGUCCAACCGCAUGUUUGUGCGGAUGCACCUCGUCAAGGCCGCUCCAGCGCUUCGCGGGAAAUGCGCGGCGCCGGGGGCGGAAGAACGGGCGCAAGAGGGCGCCGGUGCGAAGAAGAGGUGGACAGAUGGUAAAGGAAGGCCGGUGGCGGCGCCUAAAAAGAAAAAGUUUAUUGAUGAUGAGAACGAUACGAAUGGGGCUAAUAAUGAGCGGAAUGAAGCGGCUUUACUCAAACCAUGUGUUUACAAACUGAGGUAA